GAGGUUGAAACUAAUUAUUCAAUGACCAUUCACCGGUCGGUGAUUUAAGCGGAGUUAGAAAAGCCGGAUGUCAUCCUGAUAUAAUCAGAAAGUGAAGCAUCUUUCGAAUUCUGAAAAGUAACCGAUAGGCUCCGCCUCCGCGUCUUCGGUGAAUGCGGUCUAAUUUACUGCCCAUCCAUCCAGGACCGUGGACGUGAGGCGAGACUGGCGAGUACCGGUUGUGAAUGGUGAUCAACGAGGUCGUCGACCUCUUGAAGCGGAUUCCAAGAAAGAAGAAUUAAUGUCAAAAUAUAAUUUUUUGCUUCUGACAGUCAUACUAAAAAUUGAAGUUGCCUGGACCUUGGGCCUGGCCGCCUGAGGCUCUAACUCUAAGUCUCUUACUAAGACUAGCCUAAUCUGAAAUUGACUUUAACCUAACGACUAUCACUAAUUCAGCAUAAUUUCAGCUAUGGAAAGUUUAGAACAGCUGGUUUUCCAGGUUAUCACGUGUCCAAAAACAGCUACAAGGCAUUACCAAAACAUUUGUAAAGUCACUGAAAUGCUGGCUUUUGAAGAGGAACCAUCCAAGAUGUUGGCUUGCCUUGAGCUACUUGACAAGAUCUACCCUCGUUCUCUCAACCUGGCAUAUCUCACUGCUGUGGUAUUGCACAGAAGUGAACUACAUCGCGAGGCCUGGCAGAUGCUAAAUAUGGGAUACGCAAUGCUUCCUGACACUCGAGAGCAAACCAUUCAUAGUCGUAGUGAAAACUUUCCUGUGUCAAAAUCUUUAAAAACUUUCGAUGCGUCUCAAGAUAGCAGCAUUAAAACUGAAGAGGAUGAGGGAAAUUUGGGGAAUGUAACUGAUAUUCACGCAGUAGGAAAGGAGCUUGACAAUGAUGGUACUCUUAGUGAAUGCACAAAUGAACUAAAUUCAAGAGCAUGCGCUGUAUCAUCAACGGGCGGGAAAAAUACUGCUUCAGAAUUCUCAAGUAAGCCAUGCAGCAGCACUGAGAUAUCAACUGAGCAAAGCAGGAAAAUUAAAAUUAGGGAUCCGUGUUAUCGUUCUUUACAUGCUUCAGUUGUAGGUGCUCUUGUUGAUCGAUGGCAUAUACCGAUGCUGAAUGAUAAGAAAAGAAACCUUGCCUUCCAAAAAGCUCUUGAAGCAAAAAUUAGACAAAAUUUGAGCAAGCGCGGUAACAUAGAUGUCCCAGAAAGUAAAAAUGAUAGUAAAACACUAGCAAUGGACGUGAAGGACGUCAGUUUGAAGAAAUUAAAUAAUACUGUUGACAUGGAACGUAAGAAAAAUCAGGCAGGGAGUUGUCAACGAGCUGCACGUUCUGUGCACGUGCUCGACAUUGGCUCUGGAUCUGGCUUGCUCAGUUUGUACGCCGCGUUGUGUGCCCCUGAUGUGGUCGUGGUGGGGUGCGAUAGCAGCGCCUUCAUGUGCGAGAUGGCACGGGAGGUGGUGAGUCUCAAUCUCGAGGCCAAGAACACCUUAGUGAAAAACAAGCGCUGUAGCGUCCGUAAAAAUCGGCGGAAAUUAAGCGGUUGCCACAGUGAUGCAGCUGAAGUUCUGUGUGCUGACGACGAUCCGAAAGCAUCUUGUGAAACUUCUGAGGGCGCGAAACUCGUGAACGAGACCAAAUCUAAACAAAAAUAUUCCUCGGAGAAACAAUUGAAAAUUGGUACCACUGAAAACUCAAUUCGCGCAAAGAAGAAACGGUUCACGAGCAAGAAACAUAUGGGAAAACAAAGUCAGAUCGAGAUAAUCAACACUCACAGCGGAUCUCUGAAAUUAAAAGAGAGAGCUGACUUGGUCGUGAGUGAGACGCUGGAUGCCGCGUUGCUGGGCGAGCAAUGUGUCCCUACUUUGCUCGACGCUUGGCAGCGUUUAUUGAAGACCCAAGGUCCUUCCAUGUCUGAUCCUGGUCAAGUUAUCCCUGGUCGAGCCGAAGCUUUCUUUGCUCUCGUGGAGUGUCCUUAUAUUUGUCGAUACUCCAAGCCCCUGCGGCGAACACAUGCAGCGUUUGCUGCCAUCACUUCAGUGCGCGAUGACGAUCCAUACCAGACAGAACGACUGGAACACGUGCCAGGAGGCUACAAGCUGCUGAGUGAGUGGCACAAACUUCUCGAAAUCGACUUUAAUUCCAUUCAAAACUUGAAUGAAUUUAUCUCUGGUAAAGCCGACAAAGUUGUGUCACUGAAGUGUGACACUGAUGGUAUGGCUGACUCCGUCGUGCUGGGCUUCAAGCUUUACGUCGACGAAAACAAUGUCAUUGACACUCGUCCGGGCAAUGGAAGUUGCUGGGAAACUGCCGUAUUUCCAACUAAAUCUCAAAUAAAAGUAAAAGUGGGCGAUGUUCUGAACUUUGAGAUGACAGCUUCAGACUUGAUCCGCAUUAAACUUAUUGAAGAACGAGAUACUCGUGUGCAACAUCCCGCCAACGUUUCCUCACCACCUACUACCGUGCAGUGUAACGAGCCUGAGAGUGCGACGAAAGGUAAUUUAGAAGUUUUCCAGUCUGAUUACAAACGGGAACCAGAAUACGGGAACACAUACACCGUAUUAAGACCCAUAUCAUUAAAAGCUUACAACAGCGCCAGUUUCACCGCCGCCAUGACCAGUGCGGCUCGAGUCAUUGCGACAAAGUUGAUGGAUGUUAACAGACAGAUUUAUGUUUAUGACGAGUCUCCAUUCCCGACUGCUGCUCUCGAAUUGCACCGCAUGCUGAGUAGAGUUACAACCGUCGUGAACGAUGAUGCUGUGCGUGAUCUGUUUACAGCGAAUAAUUAUUCAUGCGUGCUUCUAAACGACUUGAAUUAUGCUGAUGGAUCUGGCGAUUCCAACUUCGUUCUUCCGCACCACAGCACCACUGCAGGUUUAGAUGAUCCGCGCAUCCGGAGCAGCAAUGAUCCACAAACUGAAACGGACUGCAAACCUUCAGAAUGUUUCAAGUUCGAUGUCAUGUUCAUGUGGCCCUUGAGUGAUGUCGGGAUUCUGUGUGACGACUUCGUCUCCAAGACCGAGUUUUGUGGUCGCCAUCUUUCAUCUGGCGGUUACUUGUUCCCUGCACGCAUCGACGUGUUCGGUGCAUGUCUCGCCUCGGAAGACCUGCUGCGCUACACGCGCGUCUCCGACCUGAACGCUGGGGACGUGCGUUUAUCGCCUGUGCUGGAUAUGGUCAAGACCACCCACCAUCUUGAUUUAGCUGUGCAGUCGCUCCCGCAUAUCCAACUCAGUGGCGUCGCCCACCUCUUCACUAUUGAUAUGAUGAAUGGCUCUGCUUCCAGUAAAUUUACUGACUCUCGUGAUGAAUUAGAGACACCAAAUAAAGACAAUUGCAUAUCUUCAACCAUGAAAACGAAUACAACAGUGCCUGCUUCACGCAAUACUUCCUGUCCGAAGGAGAAAGUUAGCCGCACGGCUCAGGAGCCUGAUUCGACGGAUCGAAAUAAAUGUCAAGAUCGACAAUGCUCUAUCGAGCCUGAUAAAGCAAGCGCAGAGAAUGAGUCGCAAGAAGAGCAGAAUGUGAAGUCUCUUCAUGGCCGAGGGCUACUUGCUCUCGGCGAUCGAACUCUCUUUGAACGGGACUUUCGACUGCCAGUACAGAAGGAAGGGUUAAUGGUUGGGGUCGCUCAUUGGUUCAAUUUGCGAGGAAUUUUUGAUAUUCGCAAUCGUUCAAAAAUUGACGGGAAUCCACCUGCUACGGAAUUACCUGAAGCUACUAUCGAUUCUAACCUGUGCUCUUACUACCAACAAACUGUGAAACUAUUGCAUAGAAGUGAAGUACAUGCCGCAGAGAACGAUUCUUUUAGUAAUCGAUUCAAAAAACCCAAUGAUACUCUGACUCAUUCCGUCAUUUCUGAAGGUGGGCUAGAGCUUUCCACCCCCACUCUUCUUGAACAAAGUGUACAAACAUCUCCACCGAACAUCGCCAGCAACGUUAUCGAUCCUAAAUUCCAACUGGACCAGACUUGUAUUCAAACCAAAGACGAUGUCCUAUUAACGGAAACAUCAACAGACUCUGUCAAUUUUUUCUUACAAUCGAAUAUUGCCGCUAAUCCUCUUCAAAGUCAUUUAGAUCCUACACCUUUACCAUUAUAUACUGGCUCUUCGCACAUAACUGCUACGUCAAGCCACUCCCAUGACACUUCCCCAGAGCGGGAAGCAUGUGGAAUGCCCUCGGUGAUCACAGUCGGGGAUGAGUCACCGUGCAGUCAGGCUUGCUUCAUGCUUGACGAGCCGUUGCACGUGGAGCCUGGGCAGAAUUUGCGACUUGACUGCGUGUACAGGAAGGGCUGCUUUUGGGUUGAUGCAUACCAAUGAACUCCGUACUAUUGACAAAAUUGAAGGUGCACACUCUCUUAUCCUAAAAAAAACGAAGAUGAUCGCCCUGUUGUUUUGGAGAAAUUGAAGGUGCUCGUGAGUCGUGACAUUGUGAUUGUAAUGAAUCAAUUGGAGGGUUUCACUCUAUUUUAGCUCAGAGAUUAAAAAACUUGCAAGGUUUCUUUUAUUGUUAAUAAGAAAUUGAAUGGGUUCUGCCAAUUGUAUUAUAAUUCUAAUAAGUGAUACUACGAGGAGUGGUACCUUUACAACGAUAACCAAAUAGGUACCCACCGUUUUUUGUCUGGCGUGUGAGGUGUGUUCGGCCUCAGUGACCUGCACUUCCCAGGCUCCCUGUGGCUGCCGUUUACUACCAAACCGAUUGAAAAUAAGUAUUAAUAUAAUUACUGCAUCUCCUUGAAUUGGCAUAAUUCUACGAUGAUUUUAUACGAGUCACUCGUUAAUAGAAGAAUAAUAUGAUGUAGAAUAUAAUCAAUCGCCAAUGCUCUUCGUGUAAAAUUUAAAAAGCCUUGCGAACUAUUUUAUUGUCACUGCACAGGUUGUUGAAUUGAAAUUUGUUCAGUUCGUGUUGUUAAAUUAUAGUUGAAAAUAUUUUUGUAUGGCUGGGCGUGUGUUUCAUAUUUCUCGAGAAUCGCGAUGAAGUUGUCUGAGUUUGAGCAAUUAUCACGUACCGCCCUAGUUUUGUUCACCCACCUCAUGUUGUCACGGCAACUGCACCAGACAACAAACCUAACCCAGACACGAUACCUAACCUGCACUCUCGUUCUCUUGUCUCACCGUGGCAGUCGCUUCUCUAGUGUUGUGGACUUUUAGGCCAUCCGUUUCAAAAGCCGUUUACAAAACUUUUUAUCAUACGUUUGUUUAUUUUUUUCAUUUCGAUUAUAAUGAUCGCCGAUAUGAACCUUGCCAUAAACUGUAGCCUGUAAAAAUAACGCAAUCAUGUCGCUCUUCAGGGGAACAGAUUGCUUCAUAAUAAAUACUGGUUAACAGUACAAUAGUACCUUCUAAGGAAUCAUUUCCAGCUAUCAACGACUAUUAAGUAUAUUUUUUCUAUGACCUGUAGUUGGAUAAAGUUUUGCAUUUUGUAGGUAUGGAAAAAAUGUAGACUCGGAUAAGUGAGUAAUACUUAGCCCAUAUGGCAAUGCACAUUUUGCUUUUUAACAUAGUGAUGUCGGCUCUGAAGUGUAGGCCUGAUGUGGCCU